GAAGUGAACGGCCUUGUAGGCUAGCUAGCCUCGUGCAUAAUGCAAAGCCAGGCAAUUUGAAGAUACUACCUUAACUUCACAAUGAUGCUCACCAACCUGCUCAGACUCCCAAUAUUUCUGUCAACUCUGUUUCCUUUCCAACGAGAUUCUCAAAAAACACCCUCGUCACAAGAAAACGUCGUCGAUCUAGGAUAUGCAAGAUAUACGUCCUCUAAUAGGAUAGGAGAAUAUUCCAUUGCAUAUCUAGGUCUGCGUUACGCCGAACCGCCUACUGGUGAAAGACGUUUCCAAUCUCCAGUACCGCUAGACGAGGAAGAUGGGAAGAAGGAGAACAAGCUGGUGGACGUGAGUUCGUAUCCAAACUUCUGCAUUCAGGGUGGUCGAGAUGGCCUAUGGGGAGGUGCUGGAAGCGAGGAUUGUUUGAAGGUGAAUGUCUAUAAACCGGUGAACGCAACCCGUGAUUCAGCUUUACCAGUGCUCGUAUUUUUCCAUGGAGGGGGGUAUACAUUUGGCAAUCCGCGCAAUUUUCCUUUCGAUCACUGGAUAAACCAGAGCCCGAACGUCAUCAUCAUAUCAGUCUACUACCGCAUUGGCGCAUUUGGUUUCCUUACUCCACCCAGCUCGAAUUUGGGUGCCAACUUAACCUCAAGCUUCGACCUGAACGCAGGUUUUCUCGAUCAAUUAGAGGCUCUUCGGUGGAUUCAGCGUAACAUCGGAUCUUUCGGUGGUGACCCUACUAGAGUAACGAUCAACGGCCAUAGCGCUGGCGGAAGCUCAGUUCUUCUGCAUCUAGUCCGUGAAAGUUCCUGGAAUGAAAGACUGUUCUCAGCGGCAAUCGCACAGAGUGUAUAUCGAGUACCGGUCCCAAAGGUCGAACAGCAAGAAUCUCUGUUCGACUUCUUCGCCUUUCAGGCAGGGUGCGGAGUUGUAGAUUUGUCGAAACGGAUAGAUUGCCUGAAAAAGACGGAUGUUCGCGUUCUGGCAAGGGCGCAGGAUUUAGCGGAGAGGUCCACUGUUUUUACCUCGUCAUACCGAUUCUUCCGACCUGUCGUAGAUGGGAAGGUGAUAAAAGAAUACCCCACACGUUUACUUCUGAACGGCGAUUUCAUGGGGGUACCUUUGAUGGUCGGAGCUACGUCGAACGAAACUUCCCUCCCAGAAAGAGACAUUGAAGGAGGAUUACGAUGGCUUUAUCCAAGCUUGUCUGAUGGCGACAUCGCCCAAUUCCUUAAGUCCAGUUCUAUCCCCCGGAACACUUCGACUCGUUUUCUCAACAGUUCAGGGUAAUAACAGGAGAAUCCGUUUUCAUCUGUGCAGUAAGCCUCCGCUCUUUUGAAUUACUCACACGUUUUUCGAACUAUUCCAGCGGUCACUGAUGGCCCGAGCCUAUAACAAAGUCAACACUCCUGUAUGGGCAUACCGCUACGACCAACCAAAUCCCGUGCUCGGAAGUCGCGUCGUAGCUCACUCCGCUGAAAGCUGGAUGAUGUUCAACGGUACAAAGACAGGGUGCACGGUUGGUUCUUUAUUUCAAGCUGGGAUGGCCGCUGAUUCUCCAACUUACUACAGCAACAAUGGUACAGCAACAUUUACACCUCUUGACAAAACCGAGCUGGCCUUCUCGAAAGAACUCAUCGCUUAUUGGAUAUCGUUUGUUCGCGGCUACAAUCCAAACACAUACAGGCUCGCUGGCUCGCCGGAAUGGCCAAGGUACAGCUCGAAUGACAAGUCAAAGCAGAUUGUGUUGCAUCAAGGAACUGUCAAGAAGAGUGGGAGUUAUGCGGAGUUUGAGGACGAGGAAGAGAGAAAGAGGUGUGACUUCGUUGCCGGGAAAGUGGAUAGGGAACAGAACUAAUCCAAUGUGCCAAUCAAUGUUUAUCAAUAAUCGUUUAUUCAUGUCUUUCGCGGCCGGA